GGGUGUGACAGGGUGAGGGUAGAGACUGGGCAGCUGCGGGAGAAGAAAGCAUGAAAAGAGCAAUCACCCAAGGCUCCUGAGCAGUCAGGGCUGGCCAGCCGAACAGCACUUACGUGGAGCCGCUGGAAUCCUGGAAUAAUGUUCUUGCCCUCCAGAAAGGAUCUCAAGACGGCGCUGGAGGUCUUUGCUGUUUUCCAGUGGGCCCUCAGUGUCUUCGCUAUCAUAAUCGUGGUGAUCCUUGUCAACGUCUACCUACUGGCGUUUACAUCAUACUGGCUUAUCACUGUGUUCAUUCUCAUCUGGCUGGCUUUUGACUGGAAGACCCCUGAGCGAGGCGGCCGCCGAUUCAACUGUGUGAGGCGGUGGAGCUUGUGGAGACACUACUGCAAUUAUUUCCCUAUCAAGCUUUUGAAGACUCGUGAUAUUUCCCCCAGCCACAACUACAUCCUCGUUUGCCACCCUCACGGGCUCAUGUCUCAUACCUGGUUUGGCAAUUUUGCCACUGAAGGUACAGGCUUCUCCAAGAUCUUCCCUGGCAUCACCUCCUAUACGCUCACAAUAGGAGCCUUUUUCUGGGUGCCUUUCUUGAGAGACUAUAUCAUGUCGACAGGUGUCUGCUCCGUGAGCCGAUCCUCCAUGGACUUUCUGCUUACCCAGAAGGGCAAAGGAAACAUGCUCAUUGUGGUGGUUGGUGGCCUGGCCGAGUGCAGAUACAGCCUGCCAGGGUCUUUCACCCUGGUCUUGAAAAAUCGACUGGGCUUUGUGCGCAUGGCCCUUCGCCAUGGGGUGGCUCUAAUCCCUGCCUAUGCCUUUGGGGAGACAGAACUCUACAAUCAGCACAUUUUUGCUCGUGGGGGCUUUGUCCACUGCUUCCAGAAGUGGUUCCAGAGUCUAGUACACAUCUACCCUUGUGCUUUCUACGGGCGUGGCUUCACCAAGAACUCCUGGGGCUUUCUGCCCUACGCUCAGUCUUUAACCACCGUUGUUGGGGAGCCUCUACCACUGCCCAAGAUUCAGAACCCAAGCCAGGAGGAUGUGGCUAAAUACCACGCACUCUACGUUGACGCCCUGCGUAAAUUGUUUGAUGAGCAUAAGACCAAGUUUGGUAUCUCAGAGACUCAGGAGCUGGAGAUACUUUGACACACGCCCGCAGCAGCCUCACAACCUUGCUGGAAGCUCUUUGUCAUUUCCUUGGUGAGAUGAUUCCAAGAGGCCCUCAGGAAGAAGUCCCCUGAAGGCUCCCUCACGGGAGCAACCAGAAUUGAGGAAACCAGUGGACAGAAUAAAACACCCAUCUUCUGAUACCGA